UUUAGCUUAACCUAGCAUCGAUGUUUUGCGCAAUGAAACGGUAAAGAAAAUGGCAAGAAUGAAUUGUCCAUGGACAAAGGCAUGGAUUCAUAACGUUCUUGCCAAAAAGGUGUCAACGCUUACAACCUAAAAAAACUAACAAACAUAACAUUUUAGUGCUAUUUAAUUACUGGUGACAUUUAAUCGUCUGCUUAGAUUCUUAUCAAUAACGAGGUAAUUAGGAGGAACGCUGUGGUCCCAGUAGAGACAGUGAUUUCACAGUUUUUAUGUGACGACUUCUCAGAAGGGUACAAACCGAAAAACAGUUGUGAUAACGUAAACACCGCACUCGUGUUCAACUAACGGAAGUGAUUACCUAGCUAGAAUUAUAUACACGUUUCUGUUCGUGAUCGCAUUAUGAUGGUCUCGUCUGCUGCCUAUUGCCUCUUUGUACCACCUAUCUGUAAUCCCUCAGUACAGACAAUUCCGCAAACGGAGGACGUAGUUGUCCGUGGUGCAUCUAGUAUUAUUUCGAAAAUACUUGCAAGUAGAGGAUUCAACAAUAUUUAGGCUGGUCAAACGCAAUUGCACGAUCAGUUGAUACUGAUAACUCUCACGUCAAGGGUCUCUAUCGGGAGUCGGAUCCUACACCUAAUGAAUGUAAGUUUGGUACCUUAUCGAUACGGCCAUCGCGACGAUCCGUUUGUAGAAGCAUGAGAUGGAUGUACGAAUCAUCGAUCUUACCAUUUAGUUUUCAUAGACAUUACGGUUCUCCCAAACGUUUCUCAAACAGAAAACGAACUCAAUAUGGCAGAAGAGGGUACGCAAGUAUCACAUAUUCAGGUCGAAACAAUAACUUGUUUUUGUAAAUGAUUAACGGUGGACAUAUCGGUGAUCAGGCAUCCCCCCUGGUGGAAUUCUUGCCUUGGUCACUGACGGGGGAAGCCGGGAGAUUGGUAAGGGGUCAGAUUGCGGGGUGGCCAGUACAUUACCCUCCUCUUCGGCCCUCUCCACAUCGGUUGCCACGAGGUAGGAAACCCCUCACUGGAUGUCAGCGUCACCUUAACCGAGGACAACACAACUGCUCUAUAUACCGAGAGGAAAAGAGUAGCUGAUAUAGGCAAACAUAUAGACAAUAUACUGGGUUUUCUUUGAUGAUGUGAAUCAUCUCUCCGGACAUGUGACACGAACGUAUGGCUAUUAUAUACCUUAUAAACGUUUUAUUUUAAAGGUGAUAUAAACGUGCAGUGAACUAUUGUUAAUUAGUGUUGUUGUAUAUGGCUGUUACGUGGACAAUAGUGAUCCCAUAUAAGUGACGAAUAUAUAACUUGUUAACACAUAAGGGAGUUAUACUUUGAAAACUGGAACUUGUGAACUGAUUCAAUAAACCUCGGAAACAGAAGAACUUCAAAUCAAGUGUUUUAUUAGCACAUAACAUCUGGUAUCAUUUUUGAUGACUGAACGAGAAAUCUAGCAAUCUGCUAGCAACAACCAUCGGCAGCGUAAUGUCUUCGAAAAGGCUAAACACAGAAACGACAACCUUUUGUGCAGCUGACAGAGAACUCAACGUAGCGAAGCCCAGCAUAAUCGCUGCCUGCAUCGUUUUUUGUGGACCAGGUGCAACCGCGGCCCGUGCCCUAAACGUGUUGGCCGGCCUCGAUUCUGGCGGGGGUGGCGGGAACGGCGGCGAGAACGGAGCAGGAGUGGCUGCUCCCCUGUUGGCCGCCCCCCUCAGUCAGCUCAGUCAGUUGAGUCAACUUAGUCAACUCAAUCUUAACCCCUUACAACAGCUGCAACAGAUUCAACAGCUGCAACAGCUCAACAGCUGUACAGCUAUGGCAGCGGCCGCUGCUGCGGCUGCCGCUGGAGCAGCUGUUGGAGGACAUCAUGGGGCAGGAGGAGCAACAGCCGGUGCUUCUGCGCCUCCCGCGGCUCACACCUCAUCCAAUGGAAGUCCUCACCAUCUACAACAGCAUCUACAGCAUUUGCAGCAGCAGCAGCAGCAGCAGCAGCAGCAGCAGCAGCAGCAGCAACAGCAAACACCGCCACAACAUCAUCAUCAUUUACAACAACAACCUGUUCUCCAUCUGUCCACGUCUGAUCAUGAGUGGUCCUCACCAGAUGCUGCCACGGAAAGAAGGUGUAAGCCGUGGAUUUAUGUCGAUCUGUUUAAAUCGAACAACCAACAUGUGGUGACCGCAGAAGGACAGAAUCAAGCGGCAUCAGCAGCAACAGUGCAAGUUGCCAAGAAGGUACUAACUACAGGAAGUGUGCCUUUGGAUCAGCUGGCCGGCCAGCUUGUAACGGGGUCUGGUCAGGGUACACUGCUAAGCCUGGGCUGCUCCGAGGGUCAAGUACCGUGUAUUAGUCAACAGCUAACUUCGUCAGUAUUUCCUUCACUCGGUAGCCCGUCGCAAGUUGUACCAUCGGAGUGCACCGGGGGACACGGCCCUCAUUCGCCGUUUACGCAGCCAGCUAGCCCCCCGCUUGCGAGUACGCCCCCCGCCGAAGCUUCGUGCGGGGGUUCUUCACCAACCACUACUGGCCUUUGCGCAUUAGCUGCGUCCCCUGCAACUGCCACCUGCUGUUCACAAGGGCCAAUCCCUGCUGUUCCCCCAACGGCGCAUAUGACGUGCAGCGUCGUCCAACUAAAUGGGUCGUUUUGUUGUCAGGAAAUGAAUCAAUGCGACGGACACUGCCCGUCACUCAGUUGCGGCGCGCCCACCGUACCGAGCACCGUGUCGGACUCGGGUCCAGCCUCGGCCACCAGUGUCCUUGUACCGAAUUACGCUAUAGUAAGCCAACACCAACCCUCUCAACAGCCUCCUCCACCUCCCCUAAGCUAUUCAGGCGUCGGGCACUAUUUACCAUCCGUGACGUUGUCGCAGGCGGCUUACGCUGGUUCUCCAGCCUGUUCGACCUCGUCGUCAUCAGCAACCUCGCGUAGCGUGUGUGGCACUCCGACGCCUUCGGUUGUAUCUUCCUGCUCAGAACCAUCAAUUACGGCGCGUUCUAGGGCCGAGUCAACGUCCACAACGAGAAGUGAAGGCGAUCAACAUGCGGAGCAACCAAAUCACCCUAAGCAAGAAAAGCGAACCGUUAAUAUCAAACAGGAGCCUUCAAGCGAUUCCACCGCCCCAACUCAAGAGACACGAAAGGCUAAGCGCAGGACUCGUAAUAAUGGCCAGAACUCGAUUGAUAAUGAGCGACUGCAAGACAGAAGACAACGACAGGCUAAGAAAGCCCGUCUAGCGAGGCAACGCGAGUCUCCUGAACAACGUAAAAAGCGUCUAGAAAAAUUAGCUGCAUAUGCAGCAAAACGACGAGCCACUGAAACACCUGAAGAGCGUGAGAAGCGAUUACAAGAUAUGCGCACUCGACAAAAGGAGCGCGUUCGCCGGAAAAAACUGCUACAACAGCACCAGCAGCAACAAGAUCAACAGCCACUGCCACCUCCGUCACAGCAACAGCAGGAAACGCCGCAGAGAGCUCAGCAGCGAGCACAGCAGCAAUUGCAAGCUGUGCAACAAGCAACGUCGCAACACCAGCAGCAGGAGCAGCCAACGCAGCAGCAGUUGAGCGAUACCGUUACCAUGGCGGAGGUUCCUGAUGUAAGUCCAGGAGCUCGUGCGUCCGAAGCGUCAGCAUCUCCAGCUACCAGCACUUCGUCAACCACUUCCCACUCAGCGGGAACUCCGCGAUCAGCUACAGGAAGCCGCGAUACUUCUGCAGUUGCAGCUGCUUCGUCACCUAAUACUGGAGAUCCACCGAUAACGCCUACUCCAUCAGUAACAGUGCCUGCCCUUCAACAAAUCCUUGCGGUUCUAGCGGCAGGAACAGCGGUAGCUACGGAUCCAGCUGUCACUGUCGCGCAGGUGACGGCACGUUUGGCACCUGGUGGGACAACGCUUAGUACGCGGGUCGCCCGUUUGCGGCCCAUUCUACCAAAGCCCACACUGCAUGGCCACAAGGAGAAGGAGGCCAACGGCGUAUCUGCUUAUUGCAUUUGGACGGACCCGUUAAACCUAAAAAGCGUCUGUGUUCAAUUAGCUCCUGGAAGCGGGUCAAUAGUUACGCCUGCACUAACAGGGUCUUGUUCAUCGGCCUCAAAUAGUAAUGGUGCAGCAUGUGCGGGUACAGCCGUUCGGAUUGCUACUCUCAACUAUCCAACGCCGUCAACUCUCAGUUCAUGCUCCAGUCCAACACAGUCUCAACUCUCUGACUUUGACCAGAUUCCAUCCCCGCUCAGUAUGUCGGAUCGAUCAACUCCUUUAGAUUUUUCUCCGACCGUCGAUGUGGUCGCAGCGCGCUCCGAUGAAAACCCGCGCGAAGGCAUGGCCCCAAAGAAUCUUUCGCAACGAACGCGUGCUCAGUCCGCCAAUCAGACAAACGGUUCACAUAAACCUCUGCUCGGUGAUCGAGUCUCAGCUUUUAUGGGAACGGGAUUUCCGAAUAGAGGCACUACUCAAUCAUCGACUUCUGGUUCUUGUCCGCCUCUCCCCGACCAGUUCAUCGCCACCCGUGGUGCACCUCCCGAAUUCAUCGAUGAGACACCGAUCGCGUUAGAGGCCAAUCGGGGUCCACCACGAGGCGAAAUCACACGGACGCCAGCUCAAGCUGGACACGAACAUGUCAACCUCGAUGAGCUCAGAUAUACUACUCUCGGUGAGGUCCUAUCUGCUAGGGCGUCUCCUUCUGCUUCGUCUCCAUCAAACUCUUCGGUGGCUCUUCAAGCAGGACUUCACACACCGCCUCCAUCUGAAUGCGCGGUGGAGGCUCCAGCGCUUGGCCAACCUCAGAUGCUAUCCUCACGGUCGCAUUCGCUGCACUCUCUCAACUUUCAACCGAACAACGGACAUAUCGAAACACCUCCAGGCUUUGACUCCUUACUCUGUGCCACUCCGGGACCAGCUGAGCACCGCAAUAGCGCUGGCGGUGCACAACAUGGACCGCGAGAAUCAUCCUCCGUUGAAGGAUCUGGCAUUCUUCCCAGCGCUAUAUAUAUGUCCCAGCUCAUGUGAACCGUAAGAUAACCGAUGUCACAGGACGCUAAUCAAUAAGAUUGCCGUUCGUGUCACUGGCUUCGUUCGUCCGGCACAUAGUAGUCACGCGUUAUAUACACGGAGGAUUUCACUGCACAUCAUCAAAAUGUACCCUUACAUUUCUAGGCACAACUUUAUAUGCUCGCCGUAAAGUAUAUUUCCUUCUGAAUACAAAGUGGUCAAAUGUGGUGGGAAUUUUCAAGCCAUAGUUGGCAGAAUUUAUCGAACAACAUACCGAUU